AUGGUGAAAGGAGGACAUUCGCAUAGAGCUACUUUGAAGAAGGACCAUAAACCAUUCAAGUCCAAGCAUGCCACAAAGAGUCAAUUGAAGAAUCAAAGUAAGGGAAGAGUUGAAAAGAACAAUGGAUCAGGAAAGACGCAAAGAGUGAAGAGUAAGAUAGAUCGUCGAAAUACUUCUAAACAGGUGAAGGAAAACAAAUUACAGGAAGUGAAGGUGAUGAGAAGACUCUUUGAGGGGAGCCAAGGUGCGGAAAAGAUAGUUACAGUGAUCGGUCUUACAAAAGACGUACGUGGGGCGUCCAUCGCAGCGCAGAUUUUUGGUGCCGAAAUGGAACUGAAGUUCAGAUUUGAUGCACCAUGCGUAGCAGAUAUAAAUAUCAAUCGUUUUAAGUCAAAGCUCAAGAUUAUCGUUCCAGAUGAAGACGAUUUACUAUCAGUGAUGGAUGCGGCCAAAGUUUCAGAUUUUGUGAUAUUUGGCCUCUCUGCGCUUGAAGAAAUAACUCCUGAUUACGGUGAGCCGAUAAUAAGGACAAUAAUCGCACAGGGAGUUGCUUCUGUGAUUGGGGUGUUGCCUAAUGUUGUAUCGGCAUAUCCUAAAAGAAACCUUCAACUAGACAUUAGGCAGUCACUUUUAUCUUACUUUACACACUUUUUCCCGGGAGAUGAAAAGCUUUACGCUUUGGAAACGGAAUCCGAAUUGCAAAAUUGCAUUAGAACAAUUUGCCAAAAGUUUCCUAAGUCGGUAACUUGGAGAGACGCGAGAGGCUACAUGGUUGCAGACAAAAUUACCUGGGAAGGAAACGGCAUCGACAAUGGACUUUUGGUUGUUGAGGGAACCGUACGAGGCAUUGGAUUCAGCUCAAAUAGAUUAGUUCAUAUCCCAGGAUUUGGAGAUUUUCAGAUUGAUCAUAUCGAGAAAUUAUUAAGGAGUCAUCUGAAAGUUGAGAUAGAUAUAGAUCAAGAUGCGUACUUAUAUCCCAAUGAAUAUCAAGAAACUCUAGAGGAACUAAACCCUGAAGAGGUAGAUAUGGAAGAUGCAAGUCUUAGCGAUGAUGAUGAUUAUGAUAGUAUGGGGAUCAGAAUGGAAGGAAAAAAUUAUUUCGAUGACCAAGAGCAAGACUUGUCUAGACCUAAGAAAGUGCCCAAGGGGACUUCAGAAUAUCAGGCCAGAUGGUUCAUCGAGGAUGUUGAUGAUGAAAAUGAUGAUGACUCUGACAAUGACAGCGAUAUUGGACAGGGUAUGAGUGAGGAUGGAAAUGAAGGGGAUAUGGAUAUGGAAUUUGAUGAAGAAUCUCGAAAUACUGCCGAUGAGAUGGACGUUUAUGAAGAAAUUUCGCCUGAGGAGGAAGAGAGGCAAUUGAGAGAAUUCAGAGCGCUUUCGAAUGAAGAUCUUGAAUUUCCAGAUGAAGAGGAGUUGCAUCCUUCUGAAUCAGCAAAGGAGAGGUUUGCUGGAUAUAGAGGAGUCAAAUCUUUAGCCAAUUGUAAUUGGGAUUAUCAAGAGACUGAUACCAAUGAACCAAGCAUUUGGAAGAGAUUAUUGAGGAUUUCCAACUUUAGAGCAACUAAAAAUAAAAUUUGUAAAGAUUCAAUCAAAGAAGUACAAAUCAAUGUUGGAAAUAAAGUAAGAUUGUAUGUCAAAGCUCCUUUAGCUAUUUCAGAAAAGUUCAGUGCUUCAAAAGGUCCGUUUAUAAUUUAUGGUUUGUUGCAACAUGAACAUAAGCUUUCUGUAGCCAACUUUUCAUUCGAGCAUUGGGAAGAUGUAACGGAGCCAAUACCGUCCAACGAUACUUUGAUAGUACAGUACGGGCCCCGAAGACAGGUAAUUCAACCUAUUUUUAACCAAGCAUCUAACAAUUCAAAUAACGUCCACAAAAUGGAAAGAUUUGCUCACGAGGGAAGUACAGUCAUCGCUACUACGAUAGCUCCCGUUUUAUUCAGCAAUGCGCCUGCUAUAUUUUUUCGAGUUAACUCUUCUGGGGCUUUAAACCUAGUUGGCCGUGGAACAUUUUUGGAUUGUGACCAUAAGCGAGUUCUAGCAGAACGUGUUGUCUUAACUGGGCAUCCAGUGAAAAUCCACAAGAAACUUGUCACUGUUAGAUAUAUGUUCUUUAAUGCUGAAGAUAUUAACUGGUUUAAGGCUGUUCCUCUUUUUACGAGAUCUGGAAGGACCGGUUUUAUCAAAGAGAGUUUAGGAACUCAUGGUUAUUUUAAAGCUACAUUUGAUGGAAAGCUCACAUCACAAGAUGUAGUCGCAAUGAGUUUAUAUAAAAGAGCUUGGCCUGUUUAUCAUUCCUAA